GGGCUUCCCGCAGUCGCGGACGGGCUCGGGGUUACGGGCCCCGAGGGGUCCCCGUGUCCUGGCUGCGGGCAGGCGGGCAGUGGCCGGUGCAGCAUCUUCCCCGUGUGUGACGGGCCGGGGGAGGCAGGUGCCUGCUCCAGCUGUCCGGGAGCAGCCCCAGCUCGCAAGGGGAGCCGGGCUUGGGGCGGGUUCGUCUCCCCCCUCGUCCAGAUGCCUGCGGGGAGGGUGCCGGGCGGACCCGGCCGGGGUGCCCGGUGAUGGGUGGGCACAGCCGGACACACGGGAGGGCCCCGCGGGGAGCGCUGCUCCCGGUGAGGGCGGUGCAGCUGCCGGGGCUGCUGCAGGGGCUCCCCGCGGGGGAUCCAAACCCCGUCCUGCCGGCGGUGCCCCUGCCUGAGCACAGCAGAGGGUCUCCAGAGGGUCUCUUCCACCCCCAGCUCUGUGGUUCCGUGCAGUUUUAGCACUGCUGGGCUGUGGUGGUUUGGGUCUCACGGGAUAUUUGGGAUAUUUGUGCUUUGUGCCCUGCGGUGCGUGGGGCUCAGUGGUUACAGGGCUCCCUGGGCACACCGGACCAGUCUCCCCUUGCCUUCCCCAGCUGAGUGCACACACACCCCUCCGUUCAGUGACCUGGACACGGCCUGGCUCAGAGGGGCUGGCUCUGACAGAGCCCGGGCACUGGUGAGCAAUUCCUCCUGGCAGCUGGGAUUGGCAUCAGCGAGUGAUGGAAGGAAAGCAGAAGAGAAGUCGCAGGAAAACCAGUCCAUGGAAAUGUGUAUUGGAGCAGUGGUGGCUGGAGGAUGUGACCUGGUUGUGACCUUGAGUCCUAGUGCUGUCCCUUGCUGCUUGGCAAAAUUUUUAUCUCAGUCUUCCAGUUGUAAUAAUAUAAUAUGGAUAUGACUCAGUGGGCAGCUCUGGAACACAUUAUCUGAGUGAUGUCUGAGAGGUUUUCUGGUGCUGCCUUGCUCUGCACCCUUUGAACCUCCUGGGGCAGCUGCUGAGACAUUCCCAAAGCCUGUCUGGGGUGGCCCAAGUAAAGCCACACAGGCUUUGUGACUUUCUUUUAGAAUCUCACCUCUGAUGGUUGGCACCAAGGAACUGCUCCAGGAUAAGUCGUGUUUGAUUUUUAACCCCAUGCCCAGCUCGUGUCUCGGUGUGCAGCUGCAGCAUUCCUGGGGCUGGCAGCCAGCCUGGGCUGCAGGGGCUGAGUCAACUGCUGUUUGUCAGGAUUGCUACCCUGGGCAUUCAGAUACUGUGAGUCAGGUUAAAAACCCACGACUUUAAAAAUAGGACAUUGUGGGUUCUGUCCGUGUGCCCUCUGGUGUAGCAGCCUUUGGGCUUAUGUGCUGGAAGUGCUCUGGUUUGGGGUUUUUUUAACAUCUUGAGGGAAAAACCAUGCUUUCAAGAAGUUGAAUUUCAUCAACUGUCUUUUUUUAGAAAAAGACAGUAGAAAAGUCUUAGGACCCACUGCAGAGGCCAGACCUAACCUUCUCCUGCUGUGUAAUUUGGAUUAGCAGCACAUUUUCUGUGUCCCGGGACUGUGGCCAUGGAUCUAAUGAGACAGAGCUGCUCCUCAGCAGGAGAUGCAGCAGCACAGAAGGAGUUAAUACCUCGUGGUUAGAGUAGCUUUGUAUCGAGAUGGAAAUGACUAAGCACACUGCAUUCCUGAAGAGUUACUUAUUUUGAUAUAAAAUCUGCUUGUUUGGUACUGCCCAUGUCUUUGAGGCAUCAGCAUGGCAGAGUUGUUCAGAGGAGCUUCAGGAGAGGAACAGGAGUAGCUGAGAGCUCUGGAAAGGAUCCUUUCCCUCCAGGAAUGAGCUGCCAGCUUCCUUAAGCUGUAGAAGAGCAGAACCUGCUUUUUAUUUGGCUAUUAACACAGGAGGCUUGGCGACAAGGACUCUGGGGUGGUUUAGGACUGCGCAGCUCUCACAAAAGGACUGAGAUUGCCUCAGAGCUGCCCGGGCUGGUCCAGGCAGUGUUUGUGCUCCCAGGAGCAGGACAAGGUCGGAGCAGCAGCCCAGACUCUGGGACACCACUGGGCCCUUUGGAUGCGUGCAGAGCCCGGGAGGACGUGCUCAGGGCUGGCCAUGGGCUGUGUGUGAGCGCUGUGGCCCCUGCCAUGCACCCCACGGGGGCUGGGGACAGCGGCUUCUCGCGCGCCGCCGUGCAGACGCUGUCCCGCAGCCACUGCCGCAACAUCAGGCAGAAGAUCUCCCAGUGGGAGGGCAGGGCACGGGGCUGCCCCGGCAAGGACAGGCAGCAGCCCAAGGACUUUGGGGUUAAGUACGAUCCCAGCUGCAAUGCCCUGCCCAAAGGGAAGGCAGAAUGCACAGAGAACGGCAGGAAGGCUGGGGCCGGAGAUCCAAAGAGCCUGGGGUUGGAUUUCAGGGAAGAUGCGCGGGGCUGUUGGCACACCGGGGACUGUGGCGGCCCAGCUGCCCGAGCCAGGCAGAAAGGAGAGGGGCAAACAGGCUUCCCGGGGGUGGCACUGCCCCCAGGGAACUUCUAUACCUCACAAGCCCUGUGGAGGAGAGCAGAUCCCCUCCUGCCUGGCACAGCCCCUCCUGCGGCCUUGGAGCUCCAGAGGAAGCGCGGCAGCUCCGGCUCCACGGACAGAGAACUGCACAUCCAAGGAGUGGACACUCUCUGCAGGGCAGAGAGGAGCUUGAGGAACAUUUACUCUGAGGUUGAGGGGCAAGAGGAGGAGGCAGCUCCUGAUCCACCGCCCAAACCCCGCAGGACUUUCCGCUACCUGGCAGAGAAGGGCGCUGGUGGCCACAGAGAUGCCAGUGCCACCAGGGGAGCUCCCCUGCAAAAGCAGCGUGGAAGGGACCUGGUGUCAUCCUCUAACAACCCUGAGAAGAAAAUAGCCAGCAGGAGGAUCAGAGGGAGAGCCCAGAGGAAAUCUUUUGAGUUUGAGGACAUCCAGGGCUUCCGCAAGCGGCCGGCAGCCAGCGGCUCCCACCGACCUCGGGAGGAGACAAAUGGCACUGCAGGACCCAGGCUGGUCUGCACUCAGUCUGAAGACAACAUCUACGAGGACAUUAUCUGUCCUACAAAAGAAAAUGCUUAUGAAGACAUCAGAGCCCUGCCCUUGCCCCUGUGGAAGGUCCCAUCUGUCUGGAAGCUGCCCCCUCCCCGGAGCAUCAGCAGGGCUCCCAAGCCUCCCCCAAAACCUCCCUUCCUCAGCCGCAAGUCGCUGGAGCUGAAGCCCUCCCAGACACAUUUCCAAGGGAAGGUGGGGAAGGAGACCUCCCUGCCUGUCACUCUGUCUGAGUGGAAGCUGUUCCGAGCAGUGGAGGCUGCCAGCAGCAGAAAGAACCUGCCCUGGCUGGUACUGAAAAUACAGGAGAUCUUCGAUUCCAAGCGUGGGAAGAAGAAGGUGAAGCUGCUCAGUGCUGCUGGGAGAGAAGCAGCUCCAGUGAAAGGUGAAACCAGCGGGAACGAAAGCGAUACGGAAAAUCAGCCCAAAAGUCACCACAGGUGCCUGAGGCACUCUGCCUCCAAGAGGAACCCCCACUACCAGACCCUGGAGCGGGAUCUCAUCGAGCUGCAGGAGCAGCGGCUCUUUGAGCUCUUCGUGGUGGUGUCCCUGCACAAGAAGCCAUCAGAGGUCACCUACACACCUCACAUCAUCCAGCAGUUCCCCAGCAAGCCUGAGCAUCCCUUCAAGCCAUCCAAGGAUACUGAAGAGAGGCUAAAGGUCAUUCCCAAAUUCUGCUUUCCAGAUCCCAAAGACUGGUUCCCUUCAUCAGACCUUAAAAGUGAAACCUUUUCCUUCGUGCUGACGGGGGAGGACGGCAGCCGCUGGUUCGGGUACUGCAGGAAGCUCCUGCCAGAAGGGAAAGGGAAGCGCCUGCCCGAGGUGUACUGCAUCGUCAGCCGCCUGGGCUGCUUCAACCUCUUCUCCAAGAUCCUGGAUGAGGUGGAGAAGAGGCGGGAGAUGUCCCCAGCCCUGGUGCACCCCUUCAUGCGCAGCGUGAUGGAGGCCCCCUUCCCCGCCCCGGGACGCACCAUCACCGUCAGGAGCUUCCUGCCAGGAGCAGGAGAUGAGGUGAUGGAGCUGUGCCGCCCCUUGGACUCCCGGCUGGAGCACGUGGACUUCGAGUGCCUCCUGCAGUGCCUGAGUGUCUCCCACACCAUCAGGGUCUUUGCCUCUCUCCUGCUGGAAAGGAGGGUCAUCUUCGUGGCUGACAACUUAAGCACUCUGUCUAAGUGUGGGCACGCUGCAGUGGCAACGCUGUACCCCUUCACCUGGCAGCACACCUACAUCCCCGUGCUGCCGGCUUCCAUGAUCGACAUCGUGUGCUCGCCCACCCCGUUCCUCAUUGGCAUCCUCUCCUGCUGCCUGCCACAGCUCCAGGACCUGCCCAUAGAAGAGGUCCUGAUUGUUGAUCUUUGUGCUGACAAGUUCCUGCAAGAGGUGUCAGAUGAGGAUGAGAUUUUGCCCCAUAAACUCCAGGCUGCACUUGUACAAAUCCUGGAAGAACGGACUGAAAUCCUGUCACACGGGCAGAGUGACACACAAGGUGACGUGACCCUGAACUCGCUGGUGUCGGAGGCUUUCGUGCGGUUCUUCGUGGAGAUCGUGGGGCACUACUCACUGCACAUGAGCGUGACAGAGCGGGGCCAGCGCGUGUUCCAGCGGGAGCCCUUCCGCAAGAGCCACGGCUCGCGCACCGUGCGCCACUUCCUGCACUGCUUCAUGGAGACGCAGAUGUUCGCGGGCUUCAUCCACGAGCGGGAGCUCAGCAAGAACCUGGCCAGAGGCCUUUUUGAGGUCCGUGCCUUGGAGUAUCUGGAGAGUAUUCCAGAGACAGAACGAACUGGAGUGAACAAAAUCCUUCGCAGUCUUGGCAGUAAAAUGAAAUUCCUCCAGAAGAAGUGACCGGGCGCUGCUGCGGGACAGCGGCGGGAGGGAGGAACCGCGGGGGCGGGCUGGGCUGUGCCCCGGGAGGGCCAGGCCGGGGGCUCUGCGUGUGCUGCGCUAACAGCCAGCCUGGGGAUCGAUAACAGCGCGGGGAUCGAUAACAUCUCAUGGAUCGAUAAUAGCCAUGGACCGAUAGCAGCUCAUGGAUCAAUCACAGCCCAUGGACCAAUAGCAACCCAUGGAUCUAUAACAGCUCAUGGAUCGAUAACCACUUCCAUGGAUCAGUUACAGCUCAUGGACCGAUAGCAGCUCAUGGAUCGAUCACCACUUCCAUGGAUCAAUUACAGCUCAUCGAUCCAACCCUU